AUGGGACAAAUGCAAAAUGACACAUUUUUCAACCAUCAUGCUAUUACAAAUAAGUUCCACUUAUCAUUUUUCCUUAUCAUUUUGCCCAUUGCUCGUGAUGAAAAGGGUAAUCUAGUGCCUAAGAAAUCCACAUUUCCUUCAGGCAUUAAAGCUCUGGCAGACUAUGUUCACAGCAAGGGUCUUAUGCUUGGUAUAUACUCAGAUGCAGGGUAUUUUACUUGUAGUAAAACUAUGCCUGGUUCACUUGGUCAUGAGGAACAAGAUGCUAAAACCUUUGCUUCAUGGGUAGGAUAUCUAGUUUUCCAAAUUUUGUCAUGUGAAUACAAAAUGAGCCCAUUCCAUAACAUUUUUUCCCAGCAGGGUAUUGAUUAUUUGAAGUACGACAACUGCAACAAUGAUGGCUCAAAGGCAACAGUCCGAUACCCUAUCAUGACCAGAGCUCUAAUGAAAGCAGGCCGUCCCAUCUUCUUCUCACUGUACUUGCACCCAGUCCUUUGGGGCGCUAGGGUAGGAAAUAGCUGGAGAACUACUAAUGACAUUUCUGAUAAAUGGGAAAGUAUGGUCUCUAGAGCAGACAUGAAUGAAGCUUAUGCGGAGCUUGCAAGGCCUGGUUGCUGGAAUGGUUAG